CCCAAGUUUACCAAAAUAACUAUUAGAAUACAAUUUUAUUUUCAGGAUUGUAAAAGAGUGGAAGCUUUUAGUAAAUCCCUUGCAACCGGACGCUUCCCUUGCAACCGGACGCGGGGGUGGGGUAACAGUUGUGUAAGCAAACUUUUUGUGACAUUUGUCAUCUGCUACCAAUGAACGGUGUUAAAGGGACUCGACUCAAUUUAGGCUAGUGAUUUCCAGCUCAGCGAUUCUCAAAGGGACCCGUUUCGUCCAGUGCAUCAGACCGCUACACACCACGCUCAUUGCCAACAUGCCUAUCAAGGUUGGGGAAAAGCUUCCUGCUGUGGAGGUUCAUGAGAAUGAGCCAGGCAAUAAGGUGUCUAUGGACCAGCUCUUCAAGGGGAAGAAGGGAGUUCUCUUUGCUGUGCCAGGGGCCUUCACUCCUGGGUGUUCCAAGACUCACCUUCCAGGGUUUGUGGAGCAGGCAGCAGAGCUGAAGAGCAAGGGUGUGCAGGAGGUCGCCUGCGUCUCCAUUAACGACGCAUUCGUUAUGGCUGCCUGGGGAAAGGAACAUGGAGCAGAAGGCAAGGUGCGAAUGCUGGCUGAUCCUACUGGAGAAUUCACUAAGGCAGUGGACCUGUUGCUAGACAAUGAUCAGAUUGUGGCUGUGCUUGGAAACAAGCGCUCCCAGAGAUACGCUAUGGUGGUGGAGGAUGGAGUUGUGAAGAAGAUCAACGUGGAGCCUGACGGCACCGGCCUCAGCUGCAGCCUGGCUUCCAACAUGCUCUCUGAGCUGGUGUAGGCCUGUUGGGACCAGCGCACUCCAACCGCAGACGUCGAACUCUAUUUACUACUCACUGUCAUUCUGGUUUACCUGACCCUUCUUUUCACGUCUUUGCAACCAUGAUCUUAGGCAGCGGAAUGAAAUAGAUGUGGUUUAACGUACAGCCAUUGUAUGCUUCAUAAGCUGCAGUACAAAACUGUGGAAAAAAAAUAUAUAAUGUGCUCAACAUGUUAAGACUGCAAAGAAGUGUGUGCUAGUUUUUUUCCACCGGGCUUGGGGACUGUCUGGAUGAUGGCAGGGCAGUCCCACUUGAUAUCAUUACUGGCUGCUCAGGGAGAUUUGGUCUCAAAUCAACUGUCAUCAUCCCAGAGGCAAGAGAGAAAUAGAAUUCAAACGCACAAUUAAGCUGAAUGGCACUUAAAUCCUAUCCUUUCUGUAUACUUUCAAAUCUGUUACCUAAUAAAGUUUCCUGUGAUAGCAAUAA